UCCUCCAUUUGUGCGCUGAGGUCAUCUCUCUCUGUUCUGCCUAAUCCUGGGGGGGGGUGCUUGUCUGUCUGCGUUGCUUAAUCCUCCUGUGGCUCCGGGCCUUCAACACAUGUAGGACACACAAAGGCUGACAGUUAUUCUUAAAGCGUACACUGCAGCUCUCAGUAAUUCUCCCAGCAUACAUUCCUGCGCAGUCAUUCAUACGGACGCUGUCCCUCACUGUGUAUAAAACGGCCUCUGUCUCCUUCUGCAGUAGCUGUUCUCUCACUUGCCCCUCUGUCGCUCCUACCCGGUGAACCAAACCUCCAUACAGCCAUGUCCGACGUAGAAGAAGAAUACGAGGAGCACGCAGAGGAGGCUGAAGAGGAGCAGGAGGUUGGUGAAGAUCAGCAGGAAGAGACCCAACCGGUGGAGGAGGAUGGGGAAGGUACGGAUGAGCAAGAGUAUCAAGAUCAAGACAUGCUGGAAGAAGAGGAGGAGCGACCCAAACCAAAACCCAUGAUGCCUCAGCUGGCACCUCCAAAGAUUCCUGAGGGAGAGAGGGUGGAUUUUGAUGACAUCCACAGAAAACGGAUGGAAAAAGACUUACUGGAACUUCAAACACUGAUAGACGCACACUUUGAGCAGAGGAAGAAGGAUGAAGAAGAACUUAUUGGCCUCAAAGAUCGAAUCGAGCGUCGUCGCUCAGAGCGAGCGGAGAUCCAGAGGGUCAGAGCCGAGAAGGAAAAGGAUAGACAAAACAGGAUUGCGGAGGAGCGCCACAGGAAAGAGGAAGAGGAGGCCAAGCGGAAGGCUGACGAUGAUGCCAAGAAGAAGAAAGUGCUGUCUGGAAUGGGAGCAAACUUUGGCGGCUUCCUGGCUAAGGUCGAGUCAAGGAAGGGAAAGCGUCUGACAGGCAGAGAGAUUAAGAAGAAGACUCUGGCUGAAAGACGGGAGCCGCUAGGCAUCGACAAUAUGAGGGAGGAUGGACUCAGGCAACGGGCUCAGGAGAUGUGGAACUGGAUCUACCAACUUGAAUCUGACAAGUUUGACUUAAUGGAGGACAUUAAGCAUCAGAAAUAUGAGAUCAUCGUGCUGCUGAACAGAAUCCAACAUGCUCAGAAAUUUAAAAAAGGGCACGGCAAAGGGAAGGUGGGCGGUCGCUGGAAGUAAAUGAAUCGGUGAUCAAUAAAAAGGAGCAGUGGAAUGAAUGAUGUUUCCACUCUGUGAUCACUUGGUAUCUGGCCAUUUUCUGUGUCUGGGAAAGAUGUAAAAUGUUUAUUGAUAAUAAACCUACAUCCACACGU